CAUUGAAAGACGCGACGCGCUAGUUUGCAGCUACUGUAGAUGGGAGCGUCAUCAUGAUCACUCGCGUGCAGGUCAGGUUUCACUAAAUGAACCGCGGCUCCUCGCGCAGGCAGGCCCACGGUAACGACAAUGGCGACUGGAAAAAUCACUCACCUUUCGCGCUUCCUUUAAAUAUUACCGCUGAAAACGCGCUGGAAACAUGCCCUGUGAGUAAUAUUAGUGUGUUGGUGGUGAAGCGCGCGCGUCACGGCAGCUUUAAUAAUAAAGGAUUGAAGAUGGCGGAGUUUUCUCCGGUGCUGCCUCCGCUUCGGGACGAUGGAGGAGGCGGACGGUACGGACAGCCGCUAUUCCCCAAAUCCCGGUGCGCUUCGGAGUCGGACAGUGAACUGUUUCAGAGUUUGGCCCGCACAAAGACGCGCUCGUACGGCAGCACCGCGAGCGUCACUGCGCCGUUAGGAGAGAAAUACACAGAACACCGUGUAACGGAUGGGGACACACUGCAGGGUAUAGCGCUCAAAUAUGGUGUUACGAUGGAGCAAAUUAAAAGAGUCAAUAAACUGUUCAGCAAUGACUGCAUAUUCCUGCGAAACACACUUAAUAUUCCUGUUAAGUCAGAAAAACGUUCCCUCUUUAACGGACUGUCUCUGGAGUCGCCUGACAGCGAGGGAAGCAUGCCGCAGGAGUCGCCGCGCUUGAGUCAGGACGUGGAUGCUCCAUCACCCCCGCCAGAACCAGCCGCCCUGGAGCCCAACAACCGACCCGUGCAGGCAGAAGAGCUGUCAGCUAAAGACUACUUACACCGGCUGGACUUACAAAUCAAACAGUCCAAACAAGCCGCCCGCAAACUGAAAGAGGAUUGUGGGAGAGAGGAAGAUGACCCAGCAAAUCCAGCCUCAUCAUAUCAGGAGAUCUGACGGACUCUUCAUCUGUUCACCUGCAGCGCUGACAACGACCCAUCAUCAUCUUCAUCCUUUUCUUUUUACACUACUGUUACUCAAACUGUAACACUGGACCACAUGCCAUACUCUUGUGCUGAAGGUCCAUCAUCUGCCUUCAGCAGUAUUAUAGAGAUUUUAUUUCUGAUUUUUAGCAUCAUUGAUCCUUCACAUACAGUCAUUUCACAUAACCGUAAAGAAGCUAAAGCCGAGUUUGUCUUCUUUAGGAAGAGCAAUAGCCGUCCACAUGUACAUCAGAAAAUUGUAACCUCUGCUCAUAUGAAACCCUGUUUCUGCAGUCUGUCCAGUGACACAACUUAUUAGAUAAAACAUCACAGAAUCUGUGUGGCUGCCUUCUGAUUUUAAUUUUUUGCAUUUUUUGUUUUGUUUGCUUUGUGGGGUUGAAAGGGAUAAAUUAUGCUGUUUUGGAGUGAAUGUUGUGUUUUUGUGUGUUUGGGUUUAAUAAAAAUAUUUUACUGUGCAGUUUGAUUUGGAUUAUGCAGAAUAAAUGCUUCUGUAAACUGAGA